AUUUGAACCGGAAACAUCCCGCUUUCUCUUCAUCUGCACCAGUACGACUGCCCUCCGCAUUUCAAUUCCGGGCUUUCUAUCUAACUUUUUUCUUUUCGCGCCUCUAGAGUCGCUUUUUUGACAACUAUUUCCAUCGCGCGCCGCACUGUUCAGUCAGCUUCGCCGCCGAUCCCCGCCAAAACAACAGUUCUUUCGUCGCAUCACAAUCCGCCACCAUGUCUAACAACGAGGAAGAUCUCAUCGAUUACUCUGAUGAGGAAAUCGGCACCAACGAGACCGCCGCCGCCAACGGCAAGAAGGGCGAGCUUGAUGCUGCUACCAACGUCGACAAGAAGGGCAGCUACGUCGGUAUCCAUUCCACUGGUUUCCGUGAUUUCCUCUUGAAGCCCGAGCUUCUUCGCGCUAUCGGCGAUUGCGGUUUCGAACAUCCAUCGGAGGGUCAGUCCUGAAUUAAUCUAAUACCCCAAGCUGUUCGUCAUUGAAGUUCAGCGAUACCCUCUCCAUCCCUCAAGCGUCCGUCCAUCUCGCAAGCCAUCAGCAAGCCAAGAACAUGCAGCACAAGAAACAAGAGUCGCGCGGCCGACGUUGGCAUGAAAAAAUUCAGACGCUGCUAGCCGGAGAACGAUCCGCCCUAUGCGAGGACUCUGGACUAUCUUAAAUGGUCACAACACGGACUCUUGUCACGUCUGAAACAUGACGAGGCUCUUAUGGUUCCGUAACGACCUAGACAAUUCAUAGCCGUUUGGGCAGCCGGUUGCGCGGCCCCAGCCAAAGGAGAAAUCCUGUUGCGGCACGCGUUUGCAUACGAUGAAGCGCAUAUAUUCGAUUCAUCUCUUGCACGAUCCGUUUGGACACCCAUUUGCUUCUCGACGAAGCACAGUCCACGACACCGCUCAUGUUUUGCAAACAACUGGUAAAAGAACAAAUGAAAUUCUUCUUGCGCAAAACGAUGGACGGACCUUGAUACUCUCUCGCAACGCUCGCCAUUUUUUGUGGAAUAUCCCUAUCUAACAAUCAUUUCAAUCAACAGUUCAGCAAACCUGUAUCCCCCAAGCUCUUCUUGGUGGUGACAUCAUCUGCCAGGCCAAGUCUGGUCUCGGUAAGACGGCUGUCUUCGUUCUCGCCACUCUCCAGCAGGUUGAACCUGUGAACGGCGAGGUCGCUGUCGUCGUUAUGUGCCACACACGUGAACUGGCCUACCAGAUCCGUGAUGAGUACAACCGUUUCAGCAAGUACAUGCCCGACAUCAAGACUGGUGUCUUCUACGGUGGUACCCCCAUCAAGACCGACAUGGAGACCCUUAAGAACAAGGAGACUUGCCCCCACAUUAUUGUUGGUACUCCUGGCCGUCUUAAGGCUCUUGUCCGCGACAAGGCUCUCCGUCUUGGUAGCGUUCGCAUCUUCGUCCUUGACGAGUGUGACAAGAUGCUUGAUACCCCUGACAUGCGCACUGACGUCCAGGAUGUUUUCCGUGCCACUCCCCCCCAGAAGCAGGUCAUGAUGUUUUCCGCUACCCUCUCUGAAGAGGUUAAGCCCAUCUGCCGCAAGUUCAUGCAGAACCCCACUGAGCACUAUGUCGACGAGGACACCAAGCUCACCCUGCACGGUCUUCAGCAGUACUACAUCAAGCUUGAGGAGAAGGAGAAGAACAGAAAGCUCAACGAGCUCCUUGAUGACCUUCAGUUUAACCAGGUUAUUAUCUUCGUUAAGAGCACUGUUCGAGCCACUGAGCUCGACAAGCUUCUCCGCGAAUGCAACUUCCCUUCCAUUGCUGUCCACUCUGGUGUCAGCCAGGAGGAGCGUAUUCGCCGUUACAAGGAGUUCAAGGAGUUCAAAAAGAGAAUCUGUGUCGCCACCGACGUCUUCGGACGUGGUAUCGAUAUCGAGCGUAUCAACUUGGCCAUCAACUACGAUCUUUCCAGCGACGCCAGCUCUUACCUUCACCGUGUCGGUCGUGCCGGUCGUUUCGGUACCAAGGGUCUCGCCAUCUCCUUUGUCAGCUCUGAGCAAGACCAGGAGGUCCUCAAGGAGAUUGAGAAGCGCUUCGAAGUCGCCCUUCCUGAAUUCCCCAAGGAGGGUGUCGAUGCCAGCACUUACAUGGCUUCCUAAAUGGAUCGCCAUGGACACGUUGCGCUGGCCAAUUAGCAGAAUUCUGAAUUAAAAGGUCUAUGGGUAGACCUUGGUACUGGCUUCAAGCACAAAAUCGUACGGAUUAAGAAAUAAAGAUGUAUACCGCAAUAGUAAACAUCGCUAUAAAUUGAAUGUAUUCGUUUUAGUUACUUCUGUAUUCUCUAAAUACUAUCCGGCAAGGGAAUUAAUUGCCAUGAUUACGUU